CACCGAGUGACCUACAUUUUCGGCGUAAGCUGUCCUCUCGAUUUCCAAAGACACCACAGGCGAAGUGAAUGAACGUAAGGGCUGGCAUUAGUUGACAACAUUCCUUGAUUGCGAAGAGGACGGGUAUGAAAUAUGACCGCAGCAAACGGGCCCACGGUCACCUCGCAGCACGUUGCGGUGGCGGUCGGCAAAGGCAUCCCUGCUGACAUUCCACACGCUGUAUCAGUGUCGCUACCGACAUGGCAGGAUAACAUCGACUACGAGGAAGGCCGUCUGACCGACGUCAUGGAGACAGGUUAUCCCAGAUUCUUUAUUCAUCGCAGCAUACAGAAGCUUGCGGCUCACCUCGAAUCCAAAUUCGCUAAGCCGGACGAAUCUUCCCUCCUUGUCCCCACCGCGAAGAUUGCAGAUAGCUGUCGCGACUUUAUGCAGUCACAUCACGCCAAAAUGUUUUCGGGCACCACUCCACCUUCCCUUCCUGUUCGCAUCGUCCGCUUCUGCCUUCUGCCACCGACCGAUUCUCCGCCACUAGCAAGCGGAGCGUUCGAAGAUCAGGUAGCCGAAGAAAGAGAGAAUGCACAGGCUGACCCCUGCUCAGCGCUGAAUACUGUUAAGAUCUACAUCAUCCUGUUCCCGAAGGAAUUCUUUCCUCUGGCCAAAGCAUACUGGCAACACACUGGUGAUGGCAUUUCGAGUCGAAUGGCAGAGCGCUGUCUCUACCUUAUCCAAGAAUCCCGCAAGCCAGGACAAGCAAAUGCUAAUACAGGUGCAGGCAACGCCCAACCGAUAUCUCCGACUUACCCCCGACCUCACUUUCGCAACCGCCAUUACGCUCGAGGAAAGUCGACCAUUCCGUCUGACAAUAUCGACCCGCCCUCGCUGGCCAACAGCACGGCAUCUCUCAGAGACUUAGACCUCAGUCUCCCAGAUGAGAGCAUGAGUCCAGAUCAGUCUGUCUACGUGGAAGAGCGCUAUGGAAGAAAUUUGACGCUUACAUCCGCUACGCGUGCAAAGAGGGCGCUUCGGCGACGGAUUGCAGGAACCCUGCUUGCGGACCGGGCGUCCUUUAUUGGCCAUACUGAUGGCGGGUGCAGUGCAGACUACGAGGAGACAGCUGAUCCCGAAGCUGGAGAAACAACUCGAUCAGGGACUGGCGUCACCGGGGAUGAUGUCUACUUGUUUCCAACCGGCAUGAGCGCGAUAUUUCAUGCACAUCAGAUUGCGAUGCUGGAAAAACGGACCGAGUCUGGUGAAGAAGCGGUUGGGAAGAGUGUUUGCUUCGGAUUCCCAUACACCGACACGCUCAAGAUUCUGCAAAAGUGGGGACCAGGCUGCCAUCAUUUCGGCAACGGGACUGAUGAAGAGAUUGACGAGCUCGAGAAGGUUUUGAACGCACAAGUAUCAAGUGGAUCGCCCCCCAUCCUUGCCCUCUUCUGCGAGUUCCCUUCCAAUCCUCUCCUACGCUGCCCCGAUCUACCACGCCUGCGCAGCUUGGCGGACAAGCAUUCAUUCUUGAUAGUGGUCGAUGAAACAAUUGGAAAUUUCGUCAACGUCGAAGUCCUCCCAUUUGCCGACAUGGUCGUUUCCUCUCUCACAAAGGUGUUCAGCGGCGAUACGAACGUCAUGGGUGGCAGUCUGGUGCUCAAUCCCCGCGGGCCUCACGCUGCAUCGCUUCGCAUGGCCUUGCAGCAAGACUUUCAAGACUCGUACUGGGAUGAAGAUGCGCUAUUUAUGGAGCGCAACUCGCGUGAUUUUAUCGCGCGUAUCGUUCGAAUCAACAUCAACGCCGAAUUGCUCUGCGAGAUGUUGCUGCACGAGAGCCAGCGACCGGAAGCCGAGCGGGUCAUCAAGAAGGUGCAAUAUCCAAAGUAUGAGACGAGGGAGCACUACGAUCGAUGCAGGCGCAAGACACCUCUCAUUCCAGGUUCAGCGUCAAGCGGGGGCAACGGCGGCGGAUACGGCGGCCUCUUUUCUAUUUUCUUUACAAGUGAUGCGGCAGCGAGCGUCUUCUAUGACGCGCUCUCAUGUGCAAAAGGGCCCUCGCUCGGAACCAACUUCACGCUAGCAAGUCCGUACGCCAUUCUAGCACACUAUACUGAAUUAGACUGGGCAGCGCAGUUCGGCGUCGAAAAGAGCUUGGUCAGAGUCAGUGUGGGGCUGGAGAAUGAACAGGAGCUGCUACAGAUGUUCAGUGUUGCCGCAGACGCAGCGCGCAAAACUUUGCAAUGAGAUAGCGCCGUGCAGCCAGGAAGAGGCAGCCCUUUUGACGCUGGCACCUGUACUAUAAUACAAAGAGGCGGAGCCUGCGUGUCGACAAUGGCUCAGCUUAAUCCUCAUC